GCCCAGCCUCCUGCCCUCAGUACCAACGGAAGUGACGUCACAAAGUUUGUGCUUCCGGGUGUGCGGAAACGCAGCUUCCGCCCUUAGGUUCCGCUGCGAUCCGGGUGCUACUUCCCUCUUUAUUCCCCGGGCGUUGGCAGCGCGGUGUGAAAGGGCGAGAGUCGGGCAGUGCGCCGGAUACCAGCCCUCAGGCCUGUUGCUGAGAGCUAUGGGGAGCCCGGAUGGGGUGUCUGGGGGAGUAACUGAGCAGACACCAUGACGCCCCCAUCCUCUCGCCGUACGGUAGAUGCUAGAAUCAAGUGGGCCCGUACAGGCGCUGGGGGGAGACACCAGUGACGGUCUGAUGCGGGGAUCAGCGGCUGUGCCCCCGCUACAAGAGACUACAGUGACCCGACAGAGCAGGUGACGCCCGCUUCCGCUGUGCUGCUGAUGCUGUCACCACCCGGAGGGGCUUGUGGCCGCCCUGAUACUGGAAAGUGGAUGCGUAUGAGAUGGAAGCUAAUGCAGGAGAUGAGGGCAUUCACUUUCAGAGCUACCCAUUUGAUUUCUUAGAAUUCCUCAACCACCAGCGCUUUGAACCUAUGGAAUUGUACAACCACCAUGAGCACGCCAAAGCUGUAGCUGCUCUGCCAUGUACUUCGCCCCAGUAUGAUUACAAUCACCAGACUCAGACCAGUAAUAUCCAGUUCACUACUGCCGGCACUUCUAAACCGAAAGAAUUCAAAGUAGAAGUUCCGUCUUCUGUCUCCCCACCUAAAAAGUCAGACCCUGCUCACGUGCAACAAUACAACAGCCAGCCCGCCAUAUCCAGCACGCAGGCUAUCUUUGAUGGGACUUUCAAUGCACAACAAUGGGGAAUCGUUGACCUUUCUAGCCAUCAGCAUCUUUUCAACAACUUAAAGCGUUCCCUUCCAGUAGCUCAACAGGUACAAACUGAGGAGGUAGCUAAGGAAGAUAAGAACUACUUCCGUCGAUUGAAGUACCUAAUUGAUCGUCGCUUCCCUUGUAAUAUUUGCCAGAAGUCUUUUAAACAGUCAUCACACCUCAUGCAGCACAUGCUGGUUCACACUGGGGAGAGACCGUACGAAUGUAAUAUUUGUGGCCGUACAUAUAACCACAUCUCUAGCCUGAUAAGACAUAGGCGCUGCCAUAGAGAGGAGAUUGGCGUUGAAGGAAGCAACACACUAGCAGCCACGGACGUUGAGACGGCUGCAGCAGCUGCUGUAGUGGCUGCUGCGACGGCAGCAAUGUCAGAUCCUCAGAUGGGUUCCGGUGAGAUGCCGGUAGCUGGGACGGAGCAAAACAUAACCUUGCAACAAGAUGGUCCCUUUACUUGUAACCUUUGUUGGAAAGUAUUUAAAAAGCAAAGUCACCUCCACCAGCACCAGAUAAUACACACCGGAGAGAAACCUUUUAGCUGUACCAUAUGUGAAAAAAGUUUCAAUCGUCGCGAAAGCUUGAAGCGCCAUGUGAAGACACACUCUGACUCGCUGAAGGUUCAGUGCGAGGUGUGUGGUAAAGCUUUUCGUGACACUACAUACUUGCUGAAACACCAGGCCACACAUACAGGAGAGCGGCCAGACUACAAGUGUGAUGUGUGUGGAAAGUCCUACGCAGCUCCUCAGAGCCUUUUAAGACACAAACACGUGCAUGAACACGGCCUUUCUUUGACGCAGUCACUGGCUCAGCCGCAACCACUUAAUGAUGUCAUCAAAGAACCCUCAGUGUCUGUUCCAUUUGAAGCAGCUUCUCUCCUUCCAACAGACGUUGCCCAGACCGACCCAGGAGCUAUGAGCGUUAUAGAAAGAAUUGGAUCGGUCUUUGGUCAUUCUUCUGUGCGGAGGCCGUCCUCUCUCUCCACCAGUUCAGGCAAACACUUCUGUUGUAAUGUCUGCGGACGCGGCUUUGGCAGAAGAGAAACGCUAAAACGCCAUGAACGUAUUCACACUGGAGAGAAGCCACACCAGUGUACAGUUUGUGGCAAGAGGUUCAGAGAAUCUUUUCACCUCACUAAACAUCAUGUUGUUCACACUCGAGAACGGCCCUACAAAUGUGAACUGUGUGGAAAGGUUUUUGGCUACCCACAAAGCUUGACACGUCACAAACAGAUCCACCGGCUGCAGCUGCCUUGCACGGUACCUGCUGGAGCGCUUCCAACUGACCGGCUCACAUUUGGGUGCACAGAUUGUGGGGAGAGGUUUCCAGACUCUUUUCAGCUUAUGAAUCACAAAGAACUGCACAUGAGUGAAAAGCCCUAUGUUUGUGAUAUAUGUGGCAAAUGCUUUGGCUUUAUUGAGAACUUAAUGUGGCACAAACUAGUACACCAGACAGCUACAGAACGCCUCCUUCCAUUAAACCAGUGUCAAGAAGCAACAGAAGGCAAUCCAGUGACCUGCCUGCAGAAUGGUCUUACAAGUGAAAUGGUCACAGGGACUGGGGCAGCACCUCCAGCCACUGGGGCUGUGACCUCCACGUCGGAGGAGCAUCCCAUGAUUCCCAGUGGUGAGAGAUUUUCCUGCAGUAUAUGUGGUCAGAGUUUCAAGCACUUCUUGGGUUUGGUAACCCAUAAAUAUGUACACUUGGUUAGGCGCACCCUAGCUUGCAACGUGUGUGGCCAAAGCUUUGCAGGUGCAUAUGACCUGCUGCUCCAUCGUCGUAGCCACUUGCAGAAGAGACACUUCACAUGCUCGUUAUGUGGCAAGCGGUUUUGGGAAGCAACUCUUCUGAUGCGCCACCAGCGUUGUCAUACUGAAGAGCGGCCUUACCGAUGCACAAUUUGCGGACGGGGCUUUUUGCAUUCUUGGUACCUUCGCCAGCACAAAGUAGUGCACACUGGCGAGCGAGCAUAUAAGUGUGCCUUGUGCAACAAACGCUUUGCCCAGUCAUCCAGUUUAGCAGAACACCAACGGCUUCACAUUGUGGCUCGUCCACAGCGAUGUCCAACAUGCGGCAAGACUUUUCGUUACCGAUCCAAUCUUUUGGAGCACCAGAGAGUUCACCUUGGGGAAAAGGUUUACCGCUGUGAUCAGUGCGGUAAGAGUUUCUUUUACAUUUCGUCCAUUUUGCGCCAUCAGCGGUCUCAUGAUGCUAAAGCUGACCUUCGCUGUUCUUUUUGUCUGAAACUUUUCAAAGACCCAAAGUAUUUCAACAAACACAUACAAACCCAUCAAGGGGGUCGCCCCUUUAAAUGCGGAGCCUGCGGUGAGGCUUUCAGCAAUACUUAUGGACUUAAAAAGCACAGACAGACACACAAAAUUGAAAAACUUGCUGCUGUAGCAACACUCGCUGAGGGACAAAAGACGUCAUAGCCAUCUGAAAACUGCUUGCAGUGCAUUUAUUUCUCUAGAAGAGGAAAAAAGGGGAAAUGAUUGCAUUCUGUAAUUAGACAUUGUGGUUGGUCCUAUUCUGGAUAUAAUAAAGUAUACUUAAAUGUGGCACCAGUUACUCAAGGUGCCUGACACCUUUUGAUGCUACAGUGUGUGAAGCCAUUGAGUUGUAGUUGCUAUGAUUUGUUGCAAAGCAAUCGUCUGUAUGCAGUUUCAUGGAUCUUUGUGGUAUCAGGCCAUAAAAUUUUAAGUCCUAUUACAGUCAAGUGGAUUUUAAAGUAAACCCCCCUUUCAACCUAAUUUUACAGAUAAAAAUACAAUAAUCAAGUCUUCACCAAGUCCUAAAAUGUGAUCAGUCUAAUUGCAUGUUCCAAUUUAUAAAUUUUACCUAGUUAGUAUUUUUUUGUUUUUUAACCAUCCAAAAAUGAAGUUUUGUGUGAAAAAAUAAGUACACCCUUGUUGCUUCUGUGCUGAUAGAGGAGGUAAUUAGAGCGCAGUGCUGCCCAGUUAUGUGAUUGUACACAUCGCCGUAGAGGUAGACCCUUAGACACUCUAAUAAUGUGGGAGUACGGCUUUUGUUGAGCUAAUUAAAAAAGACAUCUGCGGCAAUCUUAGAACGGUUGCUCAUCAUUCUCAAAUGGGUUAGGACAACUCCAAACACUAUGAAGUAAAUUAUUCUAUUGUGAGAGAUUGUUUGCAAAUGUCAUCCUAGAUUGUUGCCAGUGUUCAUGGAAGUGGUCAGCAAAGCAAGUUCACUCAUAGAUGAGAUUAUAUGAUACUGCAAAGAAGGCACAAGCUGCAUCUGGACACCUACUGGGAAAGCCACCUCUGUCUGAUCUAGGUUUGUAAAGUUGCACCUGAAUAACGUUUGGAAUAAUAGGGGUCAUUCCGAGUUGAUUACUCGCUAGCUAGUUUUAGCAGCCGUGCAAACGCUAUGCUGCCGCCGCCCACUUGGGAGUGUAUUUUAGCUUAGCAGAAGUGCGAACGCUUGUGCAGCCGAGCUCUGCAAAAACAGUUUGUGCAGUUUCAGAGUAGCUCUGAACCUACUCAGCGCUUGCGAUCACUUCAGCCUAUUCGUGUCCGGAUUUGACGUCAUAAACCCGCCCAGCGAACUCCCAGCCACACCUGCGUUUUUCAGACACGUCUGCGUUUUUGCAAACACUCCCUGAAAAUGGUCAGUAGGCGCCCAGAAACGCCCCCUUUCUGUCAAUCUUCUUGUGGCCGUCAGUGCGAAGAAAAACUUUGCUAGAACCUGAGCACAACCACAAAGGGUUUUGUACCCGUACGUUGCGCAUGCGCAUUGCGGGGCAUACGCAUGUGCAUAAAUGCAGUUUUUUCACCUGAUCGCUGCGCUGCGAAAAUCGGCAGCGAGCGAUCAACUCGCAAUGACCCCCCCCAUAUCCUCUGGCCAGACAUGACAAAGUAGAGUUUUCUGUCUUUUUAUGUAAAAAAAAAAAAAAACGCAGCAUUGGAAUGUGAAAGUGAUGAUUUUGUUGUCUCAUAGUCAUUGAGGCGAUUAACCAUGGUGAGCUGUUCCUGAAUGGCACAUUAUGACCAGUAACCGUGCUAGUUUUUCCUUUCGCUCAAAAGAGGUGUGCAGGAAAAUGACCACUAGUUCCAUAUAUUGCCUCCAUUGAGUCCAUCAUAAACUCCUCUUUUAUGGUGGUAUAUUCUAGAGGUUGCCAAUCCUCUUAAGCAUCUAUACGUCUUGAUAGUUUAAAAAAAAAUAAAAAAAAAAAUACAUGUUUUGGAAUGGCUAAAUGAAAGCCUACAUUUAUAUACAUAACCUCAUCCAUGCUGUACAUAAACGAAACCUGAAACACCAGUUCACUGAAGUCAUAUUGUAAGAAGUGUCUGAAUUUCUCCAAUAUAAUUUAAUAGUUCAAUAAAUUCAUAUAGUACAUUGUUACUAUCAAGGCAUUGCAGCUACAGACGGUUCAUGCCUCUUAUUCCUGGGUUGUACUAUUUGUCACAUGACUUCAUGUAAUUAUUAUUAUUUUUUUUGUUAAUAAAAGAAAAUCAAUGAAAUUGGACUUAUCCAACUUGAGGAAGACUAGCUAACUGUAACCUGCAGGUUUGAAAGAGGGUGUACUUUCUUUUUCACUUAUAUACCACAUCUGCCCCAAAAUGAAAUAAUUAUUUGCUACUUUAUAGUGUUUAAUAUGGAGCAGGGUGGUAAACAAUACACCAAGUGGAGCUAUUUUUCUGCAACCUCAACGUCGUACAAAAUACUAGCUUGGUAAAUGGAGCUAGAAGUCAAUUUACUGGUUAAUUACAAGUGGAUAACCGCCAUUGUUUCCUUAUUCAGCUCGCUUAUUUGAGUGUGCGUCCUUUGAUUAUUUUCUAAAAAGAAUCCCACUCACUAUAAACAGCCCAAAGUGGAAAUAAAUAUCACACACACACAUCACACACACACACACACACACAUGUAUAUUAACCUCCUGAAAGUAAAAUGUUUUGUAUUUUACCUUUUUAGAAGUAUAAGAACCAAUACUAUUUUUUGAUAUUCGUAACCAUUUAGAGGACACGAGAAGACUUUGGUAACUGGCAUUUGUUUUCUCUGGCUCAUCUUCUGUCUCUUGAUAGUUUAAAAAUGGUUAGCUCAGUACCAUCCAACCUGACCCAAUCUCAUGUACGUGUUUUUUGUUUUGUUUUUUUACAUACCUGAUAGUUAUUGCAUAAUAUCAAAUGUAUAUAAACAGUGUAAUAACUGAAGUUGCGUAGUGCAAUACAUGUUACAUGUCUUAGGGGGUCAAAUAUAUAAACUGCAUAAUCAACGAGAAUUCAGAAUCAACUGUAUGUAGCACACAGCAGUUUCUAAUGUUUAGUACAUUGAAGGGAUUCAGUAUAAACAUAUACCAUUGUCUUUAGUAGGCUUUAUUUUAUGUUUGGUUAAAAAAUAUAUAUUUAAAUGUGUUGGCAUAAAUUAUUUCUCUGUUUUAAGAUGUGCA